AUGUAUAACGAUAAAUGUCAAUCAACAAUUUUAAAACAAAAUAAAUUAAAAACGAAUAUUAACAUUUCCUUUCCCUCAUCUAAUGCUGCAUUAUUCAAUGCUCAUUUUGGUUUACCUUGUCCAGAAAUGGAAACAAUUAAUGGAACUUUAUUAUUUAGAUAUAUGAUGAAUGUUAGUUUUGAAGAUGAAUUUCAACAGGAAAUAUCGUUUGAUGUGAGUGGGGAUCCUCCUGCUUGGUAUGAUAUUCUCAAUUAUGUUGGUUAUGAUGGUUUUCGAAAGGCUGGAGAUUGGAAAAAAGGAGUUGCUGGGACUUUCAAAGAAGAAAUGGGUGCUGGAAUUAAGAGUUCUGUUGCACAUAAAUUAAAAAUGAAAAAUAGAGAAUUAAUGUUUUAUGACAAAACAUCAAAAAUGCCUGAGUCAGUAUGUAGUAAACCUUGUAGGUUUGGACAGAGAAGAAGACAAACAACAGCUUGUUGCUGGAUUUGCGAAUCUUGUGCUGAAGGCGAAAUUGUUAGAAAUAAUUUAUGUCAAAAAUGUCCUUUCGGGGAAUGGCCUGAUUCCGAAAAUAGAACAAUUUGUCUUCGUUUGCAACACGAAUAUCUGGAAAUAACGGCUUCAAUUGCCCCAAUGAUUGCUAUUGCUUUUGCUACUUUAGGAAUUAUUUGUGCAUCCUUAGUUAUUUUAUUGUUUCUCUUACAUAAUUCCACACCUGUUGUUAAAGCAACAACAAGAGAACUUUCUUAUAUAAUUCUUGGAGGAAUUGUUGCUGGGUAUUUAUGUAGUUUUGCAUUAUUAGCUAGGCCAUCAUUUAUUGCCUGUUUCUUUUCUCGAACACUUCCACCUAUAGCUUUUGCUAGUAUUUAUUCAGCACUUUUUACAAAAACAAAUAGAAUUGCAAGAAUUUUGGCUGGAAGUAAAAAAAGAAUUUUAACUAAAAAGCCAAGAUUUUUGAGUACUUUUAGUCAAGUUUUAAUUACUUGGACAUUAGUUGGUAUUCAAUGCAUUAUUGUUGCUAUUGGACUUGUAAAGGAAUUCCCUAAAGCUAGUUUUGAUGAAAAUUUUGCUCCUAGAAGAAUGGUUCUUACUUGUGCAAUUUCCACAAUGGCAUUUAUGGCUCCUUUUGUUUGGAAUUUUAUUCUCGCACUCACUGCCAGCUUCACAUUUUCUCUAUCAGCUUCAAUAGCUUUAUCUUUACUUUUCUUCCCCAAAUGUUUUAUAAUUUUAUUAAGACCAGAAAAAAAUGUUAGAUCAUCAUAUACAACAACAAAACUUAUUCGUUGUCAUUUUGGUAAUGCUCCAAGUACUUUUACUGACAGCAAACAUGGAAUUUCCUUUCUCUCAAAAACGAGAAAUAGUUCACAGUCAUUAUCAAUUGGGGCAGGUUCCUGUCCAACAAGAACAGCUUCUUUACAUGUUGUUAAUCAGAAUAGUAUUAUUAGUGGUGGAGGAGGUGGAGGAGGGGGAGGAAUUUCAAAUUUAUCUGGAAGUUAUUCUAUUGGAAAUCAGGCAACAAAAAUUUUUUAGUUUUAUAAAAAUGGAAUAUAUUUAAUUGAAUCAAAUUAAGUAGGGCUAAUAGUUCUGAAAAAUUCCGCAGAUAUCCAGAACAUAAUCGUAGAACCGAAUCG